CGAUGGUCUCGUGAUUCGCACUACCGAACCUUACGGUUCUAACAAGUUGCAAUCCUCAUUGAUAAAAGAUUGCAUAUGCCGAUGAAGACCGACUGGAAUGAAGUCGAUACAAUGACGAACGACAGAUAAAGCAAUUAUCGAAAGGUGCAUCACGUACCUACGUGUUCUUUUAGUAGACAGCAGGAUGGCAUUUCCACCACUGGUCAGUUCGACACCUCCUCCGUUAGAUAAUUUCGGAGACUCAGAAGAGGAUGAAUUUGGAGACUUUACAACUGGUGGAAUAGAUGGACUCUCUGUGUCUUCAGAUUCACCACAUAAGCUUGCGACACCUGUUCAAACACCUUUACCAUCCCAAAAUGCUUCACCAAAAUUAAAUGGUAUUUCUGAAACAAGCGAAGAAGAUUCUCAGUCAGUUGUAGUUUUGAAAUCAGCAAUUACGGAAGAUCUCUUAAUACUUGAAAAAACUGAGAACACUGUGAAUGAAAUUAAAUUAAAAACAGAGAUUGAAACUAUUAAUGAGGUGAAUAAUUGUAAAAGAAACUCGAAGAAUGUAAAUAACAAUGAUAUCAUAGACAAUAUAGGAAAAAGAGUUUUCAAUGAAGUUGGCUUAGUCAGCGAAAGCAGUAGUUUUGGGGAGAGUGAACAAGAAGCUUCCCCUAAUAAUUUAGAGGAUUUAGAACCUUUGAGUCUAGAUUUGGGAGAUCCAACUGCUGCUGCCGACAUAAUUCAACCGUUAGAUGAUGAUUUCUACGAGUAUGAGCAGUUUGAAGAUUCUCAGAACUGGAUUUCAAACAAUGACGUGCCUACAGACAUUUCAAAAACAAACUACUUCGAAUUCCAAGAAGCUGAAGAUAUUUCAAAUAAUUUAAAAAGUUUCAAAAAAGACUUCAGUAUAGUUGAUAAAAAAGAUGUAAAUGUAGAAUUUGAGAAAUCGGUUGAGCAACCGACUGUAGAAGCUCAAUGCACAGCAAUCUCAAAUGUGCCAGAUGAGAGAGAUGAUUUUGAAGGAGUCUCAAAAGCUGAAAAUAUAGAAGAGUCGCCGUUUCAUGAUUCUAUUGAAGGAAAUCCUCCGAGUAUGAGUGAAUCAAAAGACGAGUUUUCAAAUAGAAGUCAAGCUGACAAGGAGGAUAUUGCUGAAGAAUUUUACGAGUUCUCUGAGGCUAAACGAACGAGUUCUGAAAACGGCUUUCUAUCUUCUGAACCACUGCCAGUUAUUUCCAGGUGUUCGAAUGAAGAAUUCGAUGAUUUCAAAUGUGAUGCCACACUAGAGACUUCUACUAGGACUUUCCAACCUGAGGUUCAUGACUUUCCCGACACAACAGAAGUGAAUGAAAAAAGGAAUGAUUUGGAAGCUGAAGACGACGACUUCGGCGAUUUCACGAACUUUACUGAUCAAACUCGAUUUGAAAAGGUUGAUGAAGUAAAAGUACCUGAUAAAAAUGAAGACGACGAUUUCGGAGACUUCAAUGAUUUUGAAUCAGCAUUCCAACAACCUGAGGUGGAGCAACCGCAAUUUAGUCUGAAGGAAUCGAUUUCUCGUAUUGAAAAUAAAAAUGCGGCUAACAAAAUAGAGGACAUAAUAACAACGAUGUUUCCGACAGAUACGGAACAAUGCGAAAUUCAAAUACAAACGCUGAUAGGUCAAGCAGAUAGAGUCUGGCACAGUAUUAAAAGCGUUGAGGAAACGAACGCUUUGACGUAUCAGUGGGCAAAUAGUGCUAGUAACAAUGUACUCUUGAAUUCCCUCGGCAUUGAUUCUCGUAAUAUUUUAUUUGGUCCAAGAUGGAAUCCAAAUGUACCGAGGUUCGCUGCAAAUCUUGGCUUCACCCCUUUAGAGCCAAUUAAAGCCACAGUGGAUAUUCAACCUACUGUUACAACAAAUAUAAGCAAAUCUCAAAGUUCAACUAACUCGGAAGAAGUACCUGCCGCUCAAUUUGACUGGAAUAGUUCCGGGCUUGUUAAUCCCUUAGAAGCUAGUGGUGGGUUAUCUGCUCUACUACCUUUGGACUUUCUGUGCCCUUUUGAUCCUCUACUAACAUCCCACAGUUCCACCAACUCUGAAUCCUAUCGUCGGCCAAGUAGCGCAAGGAAUCCUGUUAAUCAUCAUAUCUCAGAAGUGAGUGUUAAUCGAGAACGAUGCAAUUCAGUCUCAAAGACAGAGACGAUCGACUCCCUGGAGAACGACGUUUUGAAAUCUCAGAAACGUUUGCAACCUUCGAAGAUGAUAGAACCAUUACCAGCUCCCCGUCCAGCAGACUGGAAAAGGAAGUCUGACCUUGAUCCCGGGCACAAAUCAAAAAUCACCAGUUCGCAACGGAAUGUCCCAAUGGAGAAGCAGUUCUCAACGAACGAGAAGCAUGUAGCAACUGAUAGACAGCAAUAUAUGUCGUCAGAAAAGCAAUACUCGUCUGUAGAGAAACAGUAUUUGCCGGAGAAAACAAAUUCAGGGGAUACUUAUCGUGGGAAGUCUGUGAACAAGAGGUCGUCGGGAUCUGAACAUGUGGUGAUGGAUAGGUUUGGACGUGUUAUGCCGAUACAACAGGAAACAGCGCGUGUACUAAACCGACUCCCGGACCUUUCGUUUCUGAAUGCCAGAACUCUAUUGCUCGAUCGCGACCAUAAGCAAAUCACCUGUGAGCUUGGUGUUAUGAGUCGCAAGAUGCCCGGCUGAGUAACGUCGGUCUGAGCGCGAGUUUGAAAGGUCAAGACAUCCGAUAUAUCUCUCUACCCUGUGGACGCAUCGAUGUGUGGCGUAGAAACGAGGAAAAAGAAACGACGUUCCGUUAACCUUUCAAAUCCGUGCUUGGACCGACCUCCGAUCCCAGCUUGUUCCCCCUUGAGACACCGACUGCUAAGGUAUUCUGUACUCUUUACUCUUGAAACAGGAAGGUAGACAUCCAUAGAGAGAGAACCACCUCCAAUUUCCAUAAUUUAACUUAAUAUGUUACCAUUUUAAAUAGUGUUGCAAAGGACGUUACAGUCGGAGGUUGCAGUUUACUAAAAAGUCACUACAAGUUUCACAAAACAAGUGUGAUACCUGAGAUCUUUCUUAUAGGCUAUUCAACACAGCCUACAUGCUAAACCUAUUUCUGAUUAAUUUACAAUUUACGAUCUAAUUUCUUAACAAACUGCUAUUACCAACUAAAAUCUUCACAACACUAUUCAGAAUGAUGAUCCCACCAACAUAUUAAAUGAGAGGUGACUCCCUUUCUAUGAAUAUCUACCAAUAGGAAUGCGGUAUGAAUUUUAUCUACAAAGUACAACUUGUCAACAGUAUUUCCUCUGCAGCAUCGCGUUCCGAUUGCUCCUUCAACAUCGUGUUUCUAUCUCUACCAUCUCGUAGCUAGUCUGCAGUUAAUCAAGAUGACUUUAAAAUAACUUAUUCUGCUCCGAAACACUGUCUCCGCCCAGUCACGCGACGUUAUAGGGAAAAUACUGUAUUUCCAGAAAAGAAAAAGUAAGAGGUAGUAUACUCUGUGGUACAGAUCUUCUGCCCCUUUUUGCACGAUAAGAUGUGUAAAAUAGGAAAUAUUUACUUUGUUCACGAAAUGGAGUCAAGACUGCAGAGCAUCGGAUGUUGAGUUUGUUGAGUAUGUAUGAUUUUAAUCCUCGAACUAUUUGUAAUGUAAACAUCACUUAGAACAUGUGAUAUGUAGGUUUUAUGUAUAAUAGGCGCUCGACAAGUAGCUGAUUAUUUUAUUCAAACAGUUCCGAGUACAUGAAGCAAAAACUUAAUUGUAUAGUGAGAGGAUAUAAUUAUAAAAUAAUUCGAUUGUAAUUUUGCAUAACUAUGUUGAAAAUACCAUACAACAUUUUUGUAUACCACAGUAAGAAACAAACAGGUAAGUAUCAAACACAGCUACUUAUUGAGCACCUAAUGUACUUGUUCUAUUUGUUUAAAGUUGUACGUAGCACCUUUCACCUUGUUUCGUUAAUUUUGUACUUGUACCAAUCUAUAGGCUAUUAACACUUAAAUAAGACGUGGACCAAUUUAUAGUUUAGCGUGACAACGUGAGUUUAUAUUUUCGGGUCAUGUUUUUUAGACGCAUCAUAGAGUCAAUAAGCAUCAUGUACUUAUCGUUAGCUUUUUAUGCGCAUUGACUCUGUUCUGUGGACAAGGUGUAGAGGUGUGCAAGUCAGUGGCGCAGCCAGAAACUUGGGAUGGAGGCAUGUGAUGACACAUAAAUAUGUACAUAUAUGUAUACAAAGAAACCAACGUUACGAUUUACUACUCUUAUAAUUCAUGGAGAAGGGAUAUGUACUUUUGAUGCGACGAUAUUUUCUAGAAUGUUGUGUUCUACUGUGUCCCUAUGUACACCUGCUCGCAAAUGUCCAGCAUUAUGACUAUUACCGCAUAUUUUAUUGGCAUCCUCAUUUCUAUGUAAUGUGAAAUUGGAUCUAUGUAUGGAACGAGUAACUCAUAUCAGUAAAAUAUAUUUCCAUAUCACUUCAUAUAGCAUGUCACGAUUGGAAGAAAUAGACAUUUUUUUCUUAAUUUCACGACGAACUAGAGUACUUGUGAAUGAAAAGAGUUCAAUGAGAACCGCAAAUGUUAGCCUUCGGUGAAUACAAUGUAUGCUUCUUCUAUAUAUAAUUAAUAGUAGUUAAUCCCGUUUCCCACGUAUAUUCCCAAUAAUGUGUGGUUUUGCACUCUCUGGCCGCGCCACGGGUGCAAGUAGUGAUAUUGAAUGAAUUCUACGUUCGAGUCUAGACUUAAUACUAACAUUAUCGUGGAAAGGAAUUGUCUUGGAUAUUGUCGGCGUUCGAAGUGACUUAAUGAAAUAACGAUAAGAAAAAAUUGUAGAUAAAUAUAAAUUGUUCAAGUAUACAACGUUUGGUGAGAAACUUAAUAGAAGAUGCUGAUAUAUUCGACAUUUGUUAAUCGUUAAUUCUUUUGGUAGACUGAGUGUCCUUGUCAUAGUCUGAUCAUUCCAAAGUUUGCAUAAAUAUUUUUUAAGACGAGGGCCGUGUCUUAAGUUAAGGAUUUAAAGGAAAUUGAGACGAUUAUAAAAACAGAAACCUAGAAAUUAUAUAUAUAUUUUUUCUUUAAGAGAAUAAUUAUUACUUUAAUUUCGUUUGUUCUUUAAUGUAUCGUUGUGUCUAGAAAUCUGAGAGAUUUCAGAAGGAUAUUACAUUUAAUGUAUUGUAAUGUACGUUAUUAUUUAUAAGUUAUUUUGAAAUGUUGUAUUAUUGAUAUUGCGAGAAUUUUGUUGUAGAUUCUGCUUCACAAUCUUUUGAAGUUUCAAUUGUUACAACAAAAUAAACUAUCUACUUGCAAGAAAUUGUGAUAUUCUUUUAAUAAUCGUCUCAAUUGAUAAACCAAUUGAUUGCUCAUGUAUCAUACUUAAAAAUCUUGUUUAUUUAAAAUUACAGAGACAAGCGAUCUAACAAAUUCUAGAAAACAACUUCUUAAAAAUUAUUUUAGCUCUUCUUUACUUAUUCCGAAUUUCUAAAUAAACAUUAUGUUAGCCAUUUGGAAUCACUCUUCCCUUUAUAUCGAUAUGUACGUUGAAAAUGUUUCAAGUCAGAGGAACUUAGGUGAUUUUUAGUUUAUUUUCCAAAAUAAAGGUGUGAGAUAAAAUUGA